AUGACAUGUUUUUCACGUUUUCCAGAGAGACCUGGAGUGUCCGUCCACGUGGAAGUCCAUCGAGCCACGCAGGUGCGAGGUGUUGAGGGUCUGAACUUGACUUGGCCUGUGGCCGAUUUCCAGAUCACUACGGUGCCUGAUAUCCCAACGACUCAAAUCACUCGGCUGAGCUGCGGAGUGAACCUGCAGGGAGAACAGGUCUGCAGAUGUGAUGCGGGUUGGUAUGGUCCAGAGUGCAACCAGCUGUGCAACUGCACAGGUCCAGGCAUCGCCAGCUGCAACGAAGGUCCUCGAGGCAAUGGCACUUGCAACUGCAAAGAUGGCUACACCGGAGAACAGUGUGACCAGUGCAAGCAGUACUACUACAAUCUGGAGAACGGAUGUGCCAUCUAUUGUCAUCCAGACGACUACUGCAGCGGCCACGGGGUGUGCACAACUCAUCCAGUGACCCAUCAGAUCAGUGGCUGUCGCUGCGAAACGGAGUGGGCUGGCAGCGAUUGCAGUCAGUGUGCUCCUGGAUGGUAUCCAGCUCGAGUUUGCAAUGUUUAUUGCUAUGCCAACACCACCUGCAGCAGCAAGGGUUUGUGCUCCGAUUCUGGUGCAUGCCUUUGCGAAGCAAGCCGAGUUGGAGCGCGCUGCGAGAGCUGUGCACAGGAUUACUAUCCACCUGGUGAGUGUUCCAGACGAUGCUCGAGAAGCAAUUGUAUUCAAGGACGCUGUAACCAAGAGGGCUUCUGCGAUUGCCGGGUGAAUUGGUUUGGACCAACCUGCUCGGUGUCAUGUCCCAGAUGCUCUCAG